GUGGCGUCUUCGAGCACCUGGUUGUUGCUACGAUACGGUAAACAAGAUGGCUGUCUAGUAUUUCAGGAAGUGGCCAGAGAAAGUAUUGACAGCGAAGAGUUUAACAUCAAGCUUCCAGUAUGUCUCGUGGUUCUUCGCGGGGUGAGCUGGAGACGGGGAAGGGGACCACAUUAUCCGAACGUGGUCCAUACAACAGUGUCCCUGUAGACAACUAUCCCAGCGGGGACGGGAAGUCGUAUGUGUAUGAGGGAUCUGGGUAUUACGUCCCAUCAGAAAGAAGAUGGGUGAAAUACCAUGAGUACAGGUCUAUACCCCCCCAGACUCGCCGAGACGCCAUCCUGUUUGAUUCUGAGGAGCAGUGGAGAAAAUAUCAGCGUCAACGAGACAGCCGCUCUUGCCCUGGUGGAAUAACAUUCACAGGACUUCCAGAGGUCCGCUCAACGACGCCAUUAUCUGCUCUGCUGCCAUAUCAGCGCAGCGCUUGGACGAAGCCGUGGGCUGGGUCAGGGUUCUUUGUGGCUCCGACAGACAAGUGGAUUCAUGAACACACCGGCCCCGGGAUACCCUCCGACUCCUACCUGUUCUACAAUGAAGAAGACUGGAUCAAGUUCCGCUACCAAGUGGAAAACCCAGCCAUGAAAAAAACUUGAUUUGAUCUUGAUCGUAUAUCAGGGUUUCGAGGUCCUUUUAUUAUCCAGCACUGACAUUGACAGAAAUUUUGUCAUUCAAAAUGUCAAUGUUGUUUUACGAAUUUGGUUGUGAUAUAGAAGAAUGUUAACAAUUCACAAAAGUGUCCUAAGAUAUUUUGUCUGUGGGGGUACCCCCCAGUACCUGGUAGUAAAUUUGGACUUAUCAAAGCCCUAAUACAUACCUCCAAGAUACCAGCUGUAUAUGUCACUGUAGAACCUACCUGCUAGUGCAAAUAUUGCGAGAUCAUGGAUAUUGCUGGUAUUAAUUUUCCUAUUGAUAAGCAAAUCUAGAUAUGUAUGCAAGUAGACAGUGUAAAUAUCGAAUUGUACAAAAUAAAUUGAUGCUGCACUUGAAACAAA